AUGUGGAGCAGCUGCAGCCUCUUCCACAAAGCUCGGAUGGCUGCUGCAUGUGUUCAGCUUCUGUUGGCUGCCACCUUGUGGACGAUGCCUCACAUGGGAGCUGCUGCUGCUGUGUUGUCGAGCUCCACAGAGCUGCUCAACACGACCACAGCUGGAGCAGAAACACAGUCUGAAGUCAGGAUGCUCACCGAGGCCAUCAGUGUGCCUCAUAGCAGAAGUAAGCGAGCCAUUUCAUCCAGAGAGAUCAACGCUUUGCUGGACUACCACAACCGAGUCCGCUCUCAGGUCUUCCCCCCUGCUGCUAAUAUGGAGUACAUGCUCUGGGAUGAGGGACUUGCUAAGUCAGCUGACUCUUGGGCUUCACGAUGCGUUUGGGAUCACGGUCCGCCACAAGCCAUGAAAUAUCUUGGUCAAAACCUGUCAAUCACUACAGGAAGGUACAAGUCCAUCACUGAUCUGAUCAGGUCCUGGUAUGAUGAGAGGCAUCGUUUCUCCUACCCCAACAGAUGCAGUGGAUCCGUGUGCUCUCACUACACACAGAUGGUGUGGGCGAGCACCAAAAGACUGGGAUGUGCUCUCAGGAAGUGUGUUAACAUGUUUGUGUUUGGAAGCACCUGGAGCGAGGCAAUGCUGCUAGUCUGCAACUACUCCACGAAAGGAAACUGGGUGGGAGAGGCUCCUUAUAGCACCGGGAAGCCUUGUUCUGCUUGUCCGUCCAGCUAUGGCGGCUCCUGCUGGAGAAACCAGUGCUCACCAAGCACAAAAAGAAAAAGACUUACAAGAUAUUGACACAACACUGGAUUUUAAACAUGUUUUAGUUUAGAAGAAAGAAAAAAAUUACAAAAUCAUUAUCCACGUGAAGUCGAGCUUUAACUAACACACAGGCUGCAUACUGAGGCAAUUUUUACAAAAAAAAUAAAAAAUAAAUAAAUAAUGCAGCCAGUUAGUCCAGUUACCACUAUUACCAUAUUCAUAGUUAUUAAUGCAUUUUCAUUGCUGAUGAUUGUCCACAUUUCACUUAUAUUGAAAACAAAAUAUUUUUUCCUUUAUUGGUUGAAAAAGUUGCCUAUUUUUAUACCUCUUGGAGACAUCUAUGGAGAGUUUUUGCACUGUUAUUGAUUAAUUUGCUGCCUUGAGUGACUAUUGAGAGUCAUUGAUUGAAGAAAUUAAGCACUUUUGUUGUACAGAUUAUACUUACUGGAACCUUGGAUGUGUUAUUGAUCCUCUUGCUAACCUGAUUAGAAUAUUUUUCUUUAUUUAGCGUGAAAAACUGUCAAGUCAUUCCUACAGUAAACCAGAAUGUGGUUUAAUUUGUGGUUGUCUGUUUGCCUGACUGAACAUUAAUUAAGUUAUAAAUAACUG